UGCAUUCAUCAGCUCGCCAUCGACACAAUUGAUUGGUGAAAAGCCAUCCGGUGUGAUGGACUUGAACGAGAGCGUGGGCUGCCUCAGACCAGAGUACAUCCCCACCGUGAGCGAGUACAGCGAAGCUUUAGGUGGAUAUGGAGUCCUUUUUACAACUCUCGGUGCGGUCACUACAGUUCUUCUAUACUUGCUCUUCUUCCAACAAAUUUGGUUCACAUACGCGAACACUCACAAGGCCUUCAGAAGACACAUCUACUGGCUCAUAUCUAUUUAUCCGAUGGUCACUUUGAUGUGCACUCUGGCGAUGGUUGUGCCGAGGGCUCACGAGAUUUGUAGCGCCGUCAAAAUCACAUACAUGAGCAUAGGAGUCGGGCACUUCGCUGACCUGACGAUCCUGAUGUACGGCAGCGAAAAUUUGAUGCUGGCGCAGGUCAAUUAUAGGCCUUUGCAGCUCAACGUGCUGCCCUUGUGCUGCUGCUUACCUUGCUUGCCAAAGCCACCUACUUCCAAGUGGCCUCUGCGACUCACCGUAGCGUUGGUUUACCAGAUGCCAAUAACGCAGUUCAUCUACUAUUUCCUGGCCGUGUACCUCAACAUCGCUGAGGUUAGCAAUAACACCGUGGCCGUCAUCCUGACGAUGCUGAACUUCGCCAGUUUCUUGAGCGGCGUUUACGCGCUGAACGUCCUGGAAAAUCUCGUGCGGCAGGAUCUUUUCCCUUACCGAUACAGUGUUAAAUCUAUGGCACUGAAAAUCCUCAUCCUUACAACUAAACUGCAAGCCUUUCUUUUCAACGUCCUUGGUAGCAACGGCGUAUUUCCGUGCCUCAACGAAUUCAUCACUCCAGUGGUGUACGAAAACACUCUCGAGAAUUCAGUUCUUCUGGUGGAGAUGCUCGUGUUUGGGUUCUUUUCAUACGCCAUGUACUCAAGACCUGAAUUUAAGGAGUUCCUCGGCGACAAUGAAAUUUUCCAAAAUGUCAUCGCAAAGAACAGCGGACCAAAUGCAACGGAGAUGAUGGCUUCAGGACAGGUCGUGUCCGACGCGCCACAUGCUUCCGCCCCAGCGUGUAAAAUUACUUCCAAUGACGGCAUCUUUGUUGCAAACUCCGCCAUCGCGUGAGCGUCCCUAGAGCAACAGAAUAAAAUUAAAAAAAUAGUGUUUUCGUAACUAGUUGAAAUAUGCCAAGUAACGUCACGGCGAUCAACACUACUGCAAUGACUAUUAAGUUACAGGGAUAAUAAUUACUGUAUUGAACUCUAAAUUGUCGUUCCCUUGUAAGAUCAAGGGAACAUAUUGUGUCUAUAAGAGGAAAUACUGAUAUUAUAUAAUUAGUCAACGACACCGCUGAACGUGUUAUGAAUACUGAUCUGUUAAUUAUUUACCCGUUUAUUAAUCGUUUUUAUACCGUGUCUCUCAUCUCUGAUUUUAUUGCCGUUUACAUCAAUACUUGCCGCAAUUAUGAGUUCGUUACUGUGCAUUUAGCUAUAAUUCCAAUAAAAUGCCAAUGUACGCAUUUCAAUUAGUUAAUUUCUUAAUUUCUGUUACUACAAAAGUACGAAUUAUCCGACCCGUUGUGCAAGCAGUUAGGAUACGUCUUAGUUAAACCAAAUGAUCAUUAGUGAUUUGGAGCUGUCUGUUAAUUAAACAAAACAUAUUUUAGC